AUGCACGAAGAACCUCCGGGGUCUUCGUGUGGACGUUGGCUCGCACGUCGUAGCAUGUCUCAGUUGGACAAUGGAGACAGUCGCGGCAGAGACAGUUCAUCGUUGUCAUCAGUGUCACUUCUGCCUGCAAGCACGACAGACGCGCGUGUCGUCGCCAUCUCCUGCAUGAGCGACGACAACGAGCACGAGCACGAAGAGGUCACGGAUGCCGACGACGCUUCACAGAAUGUGUAUAAAUUUGAUGUGACGCAGUAUAAAGACGGCACAUUCCGUUUUGUACCGGCCUGUGCCCGUGACCUUAUCAAAUACACGGGACGAUUGCUAUAUCAUGGCGCACAAUGCAAACGUAAAACUAAGAUCAAUACCGUGCAAUUUGACUGGCCAGCUGUGACGUUUCAGAUCACUGUUCAAGGUACCAGUUGUGUCGCAAUUCGAUUGAAAGGAGAUGGUAACUACUUUAACGUGUUUGUAAAUGAUGAGCUUUGCUGCAUCCUCCGUGCGUCACUGAAUGCGACGUGCUGCGAUGUGGCAACUGAUCUGGACACGAGUCUUAAGUACACGAUCCGAAUUUGUAAGCGCACUGAGCCACAGAUGCGAGGUGCGAUGUCUACAUUCAAGGUUUGCACAUUCUAUGGGUUUAUUGUCGAGGAAAAAGCUGAGGUCUUUUCGGUGGAUCAAUCUGAGCCGCAAUUUAUACGUAAAAUGGAGUUUAUUGGCGACUCGGAUACUUGUGGUUUUGGCAACGAGGGCAAAGCCAGCAGCGCCAAAAACUUAUUCGGAAUGAAGGGGCGUAUGGAGAACGUCUACAACGGCUAUGCGUGUGUGACGGCGCGUAUGUUUGAUGCUGAAGAACAUGUGCUGGCGUGGAGCGGUAAGGGUGUCCACAGCAACUCUGCAGAUUGGGGUCCUAACAUGCCGGUCUUGUGGAAGAACACGCUAGCAUCUCGACCAGGUGAUUGGGAUAUGUCCAGCUGGAUACCUGAUGUCGUGGUGAUCAACCUCGGCAUCAACGACUUAUCACCACCCGCAUCAGCGGAGACAGACAUUAUCACGGGUUAUGCGGCUUUUUUGCUCGAAGUGCGCUCCUACCGUCCAGACGCACACAUUUUCUGUGUGGUAUAUGACGACGGCUGCAUUAGCUCGGAAGACUUGGAAACGAACCGCAAAUUUGUGUCAUUACAGCUGCAAGAGAUUAUUAAAGUCGCAAUCUCCAAGGUCAGCAAGCAUGACGACAAGAUGCACUACACCUUUAUCAAGGUAGAUGAAGGUCUCGAGAAAGAAGAUUAUGCGUCUAUGAUGCACUACGCUGUCAGUGGCCAUAUUAAGAUCGCCAAAGUGCUUGCAGAAGAGAUUGCACUACGCACAGGGUGGAACGUGGAGCACGAGCCCAAGACGAUGCCGUAUCCACAGGCUAAAGACAAGAUAUUGACGCCUCGAGACCAUUCCAAGACAUCUUGCAACGUUUCGUAG